AUGCCACGGGUUACCGCCUCCUCAGCCUCUAUUUCUCGUACGAAGAAAGCCUUGCCUGCAAACUAUCCCACUCCAAGCAAUACACAAUCGCCGCCAAAUACUCAACAAUCAAGUAAUAGUUACUUAUCCUCACAGGAUAUCGAAGAGCCUAUGUUCGAAAAUUCUCCUUCGACUCAGGAAAUGAGUGGAUUUGUUCCAAGUUCUCCAGAAAGUGUUCAAAAAUCUAAAACGGACAAUAUCAACAACCCUUUUUCGGAGGUAUCCACGCAAGAUACUCAAGGAGAGGUCAUUACUUCAGAUUCCGUUAUGCCAUUUGAACAUUCAACAGCUAUUCAAUCAUCGAAUAAUGAAGAUUCAGCACUCUCUCGGUCAAUAACGAAUCUCGGAGACACAAAUACUCCAAUUGACGGCAUCGAUCAAUCGGCAGUCAACACGAAAGGAAUCGGUCACUCUAAAGUAAAUAACUACCGAGAUUCAGGGUUGCAAUCGUUGGAAAAUUUGGUAAGCAUUGAGAACUCGGGUUAUGAGGUCGAUUCACAGGAGUCAUGUGAUGACACACCUUUGGGUUCCGUGAUGUAUAGAAGUCAAAUAAGUGAUUCAUUGAUUAGGCAAAGUCAAUACUAUCUAGGGAUGUCCUCUUUAUUUUCCACGAUUGGAUUCGCUCACAUUGAGCCGGAUAGUGACGAAGAAGUUGUUUCAACGACCAGCACGCCAAAUACGGGAAUAAGGCAUUCGGUGACAGAAAACGAAGCGGAUGUCGAUGAGGUAGCAAAUCCUGUUGACGAUAAUUCAGGUGGUCCUGUUUCUGGGUUGUCCCCUGUUCCCAGCGAUGACGAGCAAAUCUCUGAAAACAUAUCUUAUGACGAUGAUCAUAGUGAAAUCGUUAACAAUGACAAGAUUCUGCAAGAUAAUAAUACUAAUGAGUAUAUUAAAAAACAUGACCUUCGGGCUAGAAAUUCCGUGUUAACUGCUGGUGCACCUCUUGUAAUUCGACCUGCGAGGAAGUCAAAAUCAAUACCACGUUCAAAAAGCAUAACGAAAAAAACUAUCAUUAUUACUAAGGUAACACCGAAACGUAGGAUCACUAAACGCAAACCUGCUCUAACCCGUAAGAAAAAUAAUGAUCCAGAGUGGCGUCCCGAAGGUGAUGAAUCGAACUCUGAUGCACCUUCAGAUCACGAUAACGUUGUAAUGACUAUUCCUACAAACAUUCUGAAAAGUCGGCGCUCAGCUGUAAAGUCAAUCAAGAAACCAACAAUCAUAUCAGAUUCAACUCCGCUUAAGACAAGCCGUCCAACACGUAAUGUCAAACCGGUCAUCCAUACUUCAAGUACUACUAUUACUACCAGGGGCAGAAAGCGCGCUUUGAGCCUUUCUAAACCUGCUCCCUCUAAGAAGCGUUCGUCAAGCAAUAAUCCUAGAACUACCUUAGUAAAGAAUAAGAGUACCCCUACCAAAAAUAUCAGGGCGCGGGGAACGCGAGAUUCCACUCGGGUAACCAGGAGUAACUCAAAGCUUCAUGACGAAUCGACGUCAAAAGUACACUCAGAAAAUAUUUUAAUAGAAUCCGAAGAGGAAGAACCAAUUUUGAAUUCAGAACCUCCAGUGGUGGCUAAAGAUGUUGAUAAUAUCAUUUCAAAUGAGAGUAAAGUGUCUGACAUUGAAACAGAGGAAUCAGUAGUUCAUGUAGAGGUGCCGUUAGUUCCUUCAAGACCUAAAAGAAGCACCAUAAAAAAUUUGAAGAGUGCCAAUGGUCGUCGCGGACGAAGUCGAGGUCGUAAUAGAGGCAUUCCAGACGUCAAUGAAGCACUAGAUUCAGGAAUCAAAAACGUGAUUGAUGAUCAUGAUGAGUUAAGAGCCUCUAAAAGGGUCACCAGAAGUUCAAAGAAUGUCACCGAACAAAGUCAAGAUCAUAAUAGUAACAUUCCAAGCGGAAGAGAAUCGCCAGACAUUGAUUUGGACGAAAAACUUUUUGUAAGGGUUACCAGAAGUUCAAAGAAUAGUGGUGGACGAGGUCGAGACGUUCCGAACGCCAAUAAAACAUCAGAUACGGAAGAAGUGGAGAGUGAGGGCAAAAAAGUUUCUAAAGUGACCACCAGAGGUUCAAAGAAAGUUGGUGGUGGUCGUAGACAAGUUCGGAAUUCUGUCAGGGGUAUUCCUAGCGAAAAUGAAGCAGCAAAUGUUGAAAAAGAGAGUACAACAGCAAUAGGAAGUGGUAAAGAUCAAAUAAAACCUAAAAGAUCUGUCAAGAAUUCAAAAAUUUCUGGUGUCGGUCGUGGGAAAGGUCGGGAUCAUAAUGAUCUUCCAGAUGUUAAUGAUGUAUUAGGUAAUGAAAUAGAGAAUACAUUGGCGAACAAUAGAAAAUCUGUGAAACGUAAAAGAAUCAAUAAGAGUUCAGGAGGUAUCGGUGGUAGUCGUGAAAGAGGUCGAGGUCGCAACAGAGACAUCCCGAAUGUGAAUGAUGCACUAGUUGUUGAUGCUGAGAAUGCAAUAGAUAAAGACAAAGAACCAGAGACUUCCAAAAGGGCUACCAGAAGCUCGAAGAGCAAUAAGGAACAAAGUGAUAUUCCAGAUGUGAAUGAAGAACCGAAUAUUGAAGUAGAGGGUACAGAAGAGAACGGAGAGUCAGAUACUUCAAAAGCUAGGAGGGUUACUAGAAGUUCGAAUAUUGUCGAUGAAAGUCGCAAUCGCGAUAGUGAUGUUUCAUAUGCUAACGAGGUGUCAGAUAUUAAAAUAGAAGAUUCAGAAAAUGACAAAUCGCUAAAUAAUAAAAGGUCCACGCGAAGUUCGAAGGGCGUUAAAGAUCACGUUAGCGAUAUUCCAAAUGUAGGUGAGGCGAUGGACGUUGAAACAGAGAAUACGGUAGAGAGCAAAGAACCAACUGUUUCUUUAGAACCCGAGAGGAUCACUGGAAGUCGUGCCAGUGACAUUCCAAGUGCGAAUGAGGCAUCAGACAUUGAAACGACGAUUGCAGUAGAAAAUGAUGACGAGUCGAUGGUUACUCCAAAACCUAAAAGAAUUACUAGGAACGUGAAUAGUGCUGGUAGUAGUCGUAGACGAGGUCGAAAUCGCGGUAAGGGAAGAAUUCAGAGUGGAAAUGUCGUGGGAAGCCGUACAAGGAGUCGUUAUAAAAUUGCGGAUGCUGCGAAUGAAACUGCCAGUGAAAAUGACACUGACUCUAGUGUAAACGCACCUUCUGUAAACGAAUCCGAGCCAAACCCGGAAAUUCUCGAGACUCCGGAUAAUAUAAAAAGAGGCAGGAUUACCAGACGCCCACAGGUUACUAGUCCAAUUCGGAAUAAAGGAAAAACCAAAAGUUUUGACUCGGAGGAAGAAACAGAUGAACAACCUCCUGCUUUUGAUCCUGAUGUGGUAGCAUUAACUGCAGAAAAUCCCGCUGCUCUUCAAAAAGCUGUUCGCGUGCUAACAGGACAAAAUUAUGACAUACUCGGGACACCUAAUGAUGCCGAUGAUUCUUCUCAAAAUAAUGAGGAAGUUACGCCGGUAACUUCGCUAUUUAUUAAGCCCGUAAACCCAAUUUCUCGAUCCACCUCAUUUACCAAUAACGCUUUACCCGAAUUACAAUCCGAAAGUUCAUUUGGCCAAAAUACCUCGUGGGCGAAUGAUCAUUGGUAUCAAUUGAAAGGUUUUUACGAAGAGACCAAAGAUGAAUUUGCAAAAGAUGGUAAGAACAGUGUUGGGAAUGAGGAGGCUUACAGAAAAGUAACCUCCAAAUUUCUCUCAGCAGACGUCAAUAAUGGAAUUUUUGGCGAGGAAAAUAUCCGUAAACGGAUAAUAGCUCUGGAAGCAGCCGAACAUGAAAGACGAACGGGUCGCCGAGGCAGCGUUGAAAGCACCAAUUCUAGGAGUAGCUAUACAAGCGUUGCCCGAUAUAAUUCGGCAUACUCGAAUUUGCGUGACACACCUGUCAACAAACGUAAGCGCAGUGAAUCAAAUGUGACCAGCUCAGAGGCCGAAGAUGAUGAUGAAACUUUACAUCCUUCACAACGCUUACGCACAUCUGAUUCGCCGUCUGUUUCGGGCACAAAUACACCACCCAUCUACCUACCGGCUAAUCUUGCCCUCAUCAUUUAG